AUGUUUCAAGCAAAUGAUGAUCGUGAGGAAGAGCCAGCAGUAGUAAUUCAUCUGGAUGAUCAUUGUCCUAUUGGAAUAUCCAACCCUAAAUUUCAAUAUCAAUUUAACCGAAGAAAAUUUCAAAAAGAAACCAUUCCGUUUUCAUUGGAAACUUGUUCCGAUCAAAUCCAACUAUUGAUUCCGAGGCCACCGAGUUGUAUAUUGAGCGAAAUUCUCAUUGCUACUUCUACUUCUAUGAAUAUCAUCAUGAUUAUUGAAAAAUUUGAUCGAGCCAUGUUUCUCUUUAAUUUAUCUACCAAGAAAUUAGAAAAACAAUUCAAAGUCAAAGAUUAUGGAGUGUUUUUGAUUGAAGAAAAUUAUGAUGGAAUUGGUCAUGAUGCAUGUAUUGUAACAUGUAAAGCGGAUGUUCUUCCAAGGCAUUAUUCUGCUAUUGAACAAUAUCAACGUGCUGGUCUUCUUAUUGCUAAAUACGAUUUGCAUCACUUUAUAUCCGAGCAUGAAAGAAACUUGACACCCACACCUCUUUGGGUGUCUUCCACGUUAUUACUACCGAUUCAACUUGUAUGUGUACAGUACAACAAGGAUUUAUUGAACAAAAUUUAUGGAGUUUCGAGAAUUGGUCAAGUGCUUGUUUUGCGAUCAAGUAAUGGUUCAAUUCUUUUCAAGGAAACACUGAAAUGGCAUGCUACUAACAAAUACAAAAUGUCUAUUUUGAAUCAACUGAUUUACGGUUGCUUUAUUAACGAUGGUAGUGAUUUACUGAUUGCAACCAGAAAGCUCAUUGGAAUAUUUUCGUGUCAAAUAAGGGAUGGUUUAUUACAAUUCACUUUGAAAAUAGAAAUCGCUCCAAAGAUUCUGUCCAUAUGUGGCAUUUGUUAUGAAUCGUCCACAAACAAACUAUUCAUUUCAGAGAAGGCCUCAACAACAGUACAAGUUUACAAUACCCUUAAUGGUCAACUGUUACAAUCAUUACAGAUACCAAAGAUUUCGGAGAGUCAUUCAGGAAUUAAAAUUAUUGAACACACUGGAGAGUUGGCAGUACUGGAUCCCUGCGAGCCAACGUUGUUACAACUAUUCAAAUAG